AUGUCUUGUUCUGGUCUCCAAUCUUGUCUGCCAUUUCUAUUGGCCAAUCCCUCGGCUCCACUUACUCUCCAUACGGAUGCAGCCGACACAGCGAACUUGAACUUGAAGACUAAGACACAGCAUCAACCAGCACAGCAAAGGCAUGAGCCCUUCGUCAACAUCCAACCGGCGCGGACAGCAGCCCCAAUGACAUACAAACGAUUCAGUGCAUAUGAACGACGGAUGCAACUGAAGGCAGAGCAAGAACUCCUGGCUGCAAUCCUCACACCAGCACAGCCACGACAAACCCAAUCCACCUGGAGUUCGAGUUCUGCACCACCCGUCAUUGAACAACAUGACACAUGGAUUGGAACAAAGAAGGCCGAGGUCAAGGAGAAGGAGAAGGAACGGGCCAAGAGGAUCUCAUCACCUAGCGAGCUUAACACUUCAACAUUCAGGGAGGUUGAAUGGACAGAAAAGGUGGCUCCGGUUAGCUCCUCGCCUCCAUUAUCCGCAGCAAGCACUCCAAACGUGAGGCACUCUCCCAGCAUGAUGAGUCUCCACAGCAGCGUUGGAUCCCCACAGGAAUCCAUCUUCUCAACCAGCUCCACCAACUCCUCAGUAGAAGCUCUUUCACUCAUGUCACCCCCUAUCGAGUCCACUCCCGCACAUUUUAAGCCGGUUGACAAGAGUGAGCCUUCUAAGGAGCCAAUUGACAAUGCGCCCUUCCUUCCCAACCUUCACUUCUCAAGUUACUUCGAGGGUUUGGGAAUCUGGAUGGGUCCUUCCUCUCCAGCAUGCACUUCGCCUCCCCUCGACUCGCCAGUUGAAUCGGUUGCCUCCUCUGCUAAUGAAGAAGUCCCUGAGAUCAUCAACUUCUAUGCCUCCGAGAUCCCUCGAUCCUCGUACCGCCAGCAAACCAAGAAAGUGUCCUUCGCCACCUCUUCCCCUGAAAUCAUCUCUGAAGAGUCUGGCGAUAUAUCAUUAGCCGUUAAUCACCUGGCUGGAUGGACUAACCUCUCCACCGGUGAGCCUAUAACCCGCAGUACUUCCCAGCAGUCUCUCCGAACCCAAGCAGCCGGCCGCUCGAUCCUUCGUCAAAAGAGCUCCUUCACCAACGAUGCACCUGCCGUUCCUGAGAAGGACACGCCCUCCCGCCAAUUCCGAACGAUCACCAUGUACGGAGCACCGACUUCCCAGCCAGGCAGCAACAACAGCGCCGUCUCCUCGUCCAAGGAACCCGAAUUUGAACGAUUCUUCCGCGUUGCCGAGUCUCCCUCUCUAUCUCCCGUACCAUCUCUCAGCUCUGCACGAUCCUCCUCGCCCUCAUCCUCUCGCUCCGAGUCCCCAGCCUUCUCCCCACCCGCCAACGCUUUCUUCCCCAUCUCCCUCGGCGACGUCGUCCAGAAGAAGGCCAGCCUCACCUCGUAUCCCUACGGCCCCACAGAUUUCUCCGACGACUCCCCCACAAUCCGUGAGUUCGAAGAGACCCGCGCCAUCAUCAUGAGCAGACCAACCGCGACCCCCUGCACCAAGUCUAACGGCCAGCAACGCGUUGUGAUCAACGCUGCUCCACCUUCCAAGCCCGCUCGCACCCUGUCUCUCCCCCAGCAGCAGAAGCAGGUGAGGCACUGGAGCAUGAGCGGUGCUGGCUGGACCAAGACAUCCGGUGGAAGCCCCCCAGUCAAGAACGAGUCUGCCGUGCCCCCAGUCCCACGCAUGUCUAUCAACUACAGCGGUGUGGCUUUCUAA